AUGGCUAACAGUGUCCCUAGGCUGGCCCUCGCCGAAGCUCGACUAGUGGUUGCAAAGCUUCUGUGGAACUUCGAUAUUGAGCUUGACGGAGAUCACAAGACCUGGGUGGAGGACGCGCGGUUCUACAUCCUCUGGCAGUUGCAGCCAUUGAAUGUCAAGCUCACUUCCGUGAAACGAUAA